AUGCAAUCUGACACUGUCACAGUUGAGAAUGAGCAAAUGACCAAUGUGACGCAUAAACAACAUUCGCAUCAAACAUUAUUGGAAGCACUGGACGUCACGCAGACGCAAGAAGAUCGGCAUCAUCUAACAAGUCAAACACCAAAUCCACAAACAUAUGUUACUCCAAGUCAGAGACAACAGCGUACAGAUGACCCCGCAGAUGAUACCACUUUUCAAACGGGUAAAGACACGAAUGCUUCGGAAGGGGAUACUUUGACUGUUACGAUGGAACAACCUUCAGACACCACCACAUUUGAGUCUAUGACUGAUAAGAUCAAUUCGAAUUCACCUAGACGUUUUCUUGAACACGAUGCUUUCAAAUGUAUUGCUGUCAGUAACGACUCGGUUUACCUAAUCGGCAUCUGUCAAAAUGACUUUAAAGGCACAGCCAUGGAAAGAAACUGUCUCGGUGGUGACGGUACCACGAUUCAACCAAAUAUUAUCACACACAACACCCCAUGUUUUGAUCCAAUGACUAAGAGACAUUACAAGAACAUAUAUUGUGCAAAAUGUAACCAUGUCGAAAAUCCUUUAUUAUGGACUAUUCAAACACAUUGCUUUGAGAAUGAGCCGGUUGGAAACAUGCAGGCCAUUGACACCCAGAGUUUACUACAUAUGUUAAUAAGUGACGACUGUCUGAUAGAGUAUAUACUACCAGAUGCCAGGUACCCAGCAAGAAAAUGUUACGAUAUGGUUUCCGUGUGUCCCUUUACGGAGGCUGAUAGUCCAGUCUCCAAGCUGUGCGUGACACAUGGUUUGUCACCAGUCAUUGAACAAAGGACAUUUACAACAUACAAAAAUAAGUACUGUUGGACAUGCCACAAUACUAACAGAUCGACCAACCGAUCGUCGACUGAUUUCUUAUUGUGUAAGACCUCCCACUUUGUUGUCAAGUUACAUAAAGGGAGAUGGGACGCCUUCUCAUUUCAAAUGUUCGUGGAAGUCGAUCUUGGAUAUUCGUUAAAGCAAGCACCUGUCAUACAGAUAAAUGCUACACCUAUACAAAACCUGGGUGGUGUCGAUGAGAUAAGGAUGAAAUGUCAAAUGAAUGCCGGAUGCAGGAUCGAUGAAUGUCCUACUGGCUUUGAAAGAAUCGGUAUAGAUGGGUGUGUUUACGCAGGUAUAGCAGUUGCGACUAAUAUGACAAUAACCUUCAUUACGACGUAUCCCAUGCACAAUGUUUCAGAAAUGAUCCAUUUGCUCAAAGGGAUCAUAAUAGAGGUCGCUCAACCGGUUGGUGUUAUCAAGUUGGACACUCCGAAAUUCUUUGAUUCACGUUUGAUGAAAAUGGAGCUAGGUUUCAACACCGGUAUCAGAGAUCAACAACUUAAAUUGGGUAUGAUCAACAAUAUUUUAAACAAUCGACUGUUCCAAUUGAAAGAAGUCAUAAACAGGCAAGAGGGUUUUAUGAAUGGGGUAAUCAUAUCUGACAUUACCAUUCAUGCCUUAAAUAUAUUGCCACGACCGAUGAAAGUUAAUUCACUAUCAGAAGACACAACAACAGGACCAAAAGUUAAUGAAAAUAUAACAUCAAUGACACGGGAAAUGACAUCAAUGACACGGGAAAUGACAUCAACGACACAGGAUUUCGGACUCAGAGGAAAUGCACCAUCGUUUUUUGUACAAUCAAUUUUUUUUCAUUUCUUGAAAGUCACCGCUGCUCUUUUACUAUACUAGAGUAUAUAAUUCUAUUACAUUUUACUGAAGAUUGAAUAACGGGAUGGAUUCGUACGUGAAAAUACAAAAGCGCUCGGGAUGGUAUGGACGUAUAUUGCUGUAAAGUAUUUAAAAGCUUACAAGCGUACAAGAAGGGAUACGUUUCGGAAGAGAGUCACAAUUUAAAGAUUAAAUUUGUUCUCAAUCAUUCCAUGUCGCGCAUUUUUACAACAACA